AUGAGCCGCAGUAAUCACGACGUGGUGCGAGAUAUCGGCGCGUAUCCACCGGGUGACAGGGAGACUCGCAAGCACAUUCGUACCAUCACAGAACAUCGACGGGAACAGAACAGGCGAGCACAGAGGGCAUUCCGCGAACGACGAAGAGCGAAGAAGCAAUUCUUAAAGUCGAAACCACAAACACCACGAUACCUUGCGCCGCGCGUACCUGACGACGCCGCCGUGGUGUCCGGUGCCGUGAAGUAUUCCGAGGCUGUAAAUGUCCCAAACUGGGCCGGGCACACGAGUGCGUCCAGCACAGAGACCGCCCCACCGAGCGCCUCUAGUCAUGUAUUCUCAGAUACGUUGAAUCUUCGAGAUCAGAGACACCCACGGUCAGAUCCAACGCCUCAGAUGACCUUCACCUUCUCGUCUCCACAGACGCUACUCCCGGCCCAUGAGUCGCUCAUCCCACAACGACGCACGCCCACGUCAGAGCUACAGGCCUAUUUCAGAGCCACGAACCGCCCCGGACAUACCCUCUGGCCACAAGGAGUUCCUGCCACGCUAGCAGCGUGUCUAUUCAACGCGGCCGCUCUGGGUAUCGAUAUCGACAGGGUCGGAGAUCCGAAGUACAUGUCUCCCUUCUACCGGCCUUCGUUCUCAGCAACGCCUUCAUCGUCGUUGGUAGUACAGCCAACGACCACCGACGAAAGCUCAACCCCAACCUCAACGUUGCAACUCCCUGAACCCCGGUCUCUACGACCGUGUUUCGCCCAAGUUAUAUUCCCCCACCACGCCUGUCUAGAUUUGUUGCCCUUGCCGAAGCUGAGGGAGGCGGCUGUAAUGUUGGUGGUCCGCGCUCAGCAGGAAGGCAAGUGCGUGGGAUCCUCCGCCAAUGACGAAGUCCAGGAGUUGAAAAAGGAUGUCUACGUUUGUCAGGGCGUCAGGUUUCGCGGGACAGGGGACCUGCGAAGUGACGAGUACCUAUUGCCCGAUGAGAGUGCAGGACACUGUGGCAAUCCUUGGGAAGGAGGAAGUUGGGCUGUGGCAUCUUGGUUUGCGAUCAAGUGGAAGUGCCUGAUAGACCUUUGA